AUGACCUCUCGGAUCGACAAGACGAUUGCCCGACAGCGCGAAAAGAUCGCUUCCGGGGCCUACUACGAAGCUCACCAGCAACUCCGGGUCAUUGCCGCGCGGUACAUCAAGCAGGCGAACUACGAUGCGGCGGCGGAACUGCUGGCUGGAGGGGCUACCGCGUUGCUGAGAGCUGGUUCCCAGCAGGGCGCUUCGGCGAGUGGAGGCGACCUCGCGAUCAUGCUGGUUCUUGAGGUUUAUAACAAGUCCGGCUGGGAGAUCAGUGGAAAAGAUGAUGCGGAAGACCGUUCUCGGAAGAAGCGCCUCAUCGAACUUCUUCACGAAUUCCCUCCCGAGGAGCCUACACGGAGACGGUAUAUUCAGGAAAUGAUUGCUUGGAGCGGACGAUGCGGUCCCUUGGAGAGGGGUGACCCUGACUUGCACCAUGCCGCUGGAACAGUCUACGCCGAAGACCAUGAGCCAUAUGAUGCCGAGAAGCAUCUCAUCCUUGGUACAUCCGAGUCCGCCGAGACGCUGGCGAAACUGGAAUAUGAGUGGUACACGAAUGACGAGCCGCACACGGCGGCCAUCUACGCCUCACGCGCUGUCUUCCCAUACCUCCUCACUGGCAACAUUCGCAGUGCCAACAAGGCCUUUCUCAUUUUUACGUCGCGACUGUCCUCCUCGAAUCCAUCCCUCGGCUCCCAAGUCGUCAGCAGCGCCAGUGCAGACGUGCGCGUGUUCCCAGCACUGCCUCUACUGAAUUUCAUAAGCAUGCUGCUCCUCACCAUCCAGCGUGGCAGUGCGGACCUCUUCAAGCAAUUGACGGCGCAGUAUGCGUCGCAGAUUCAAGAGGUCGGGCUCUGGGACGAUGCCUUGGCGCAGAUUGGCGAACAGUAUUUCGCUAUCAAGAUACCCAGACAAGGGAACCCUCUGCUGGAUAUGAUGGGUAGCAUGUUGUUUGGCGGCCAGGGUGGCGCAGGUGGAAGGGGACCGCAGAGUCGGGGACCGUCAAGGAAAGUCGAAGCACCUCCGUCAAACCCGGAGCUUGAUUAG